AGACGGCAACAGCUACGACUACUAGCCUAGACAACUAGCAGCCAUGUCCCUCGCCCGUAUCUCCCUCAAGGCACUCGCAAAGGUAUCCACAAGACCAGCCGUCAACAUCACAGCCUACAAUGCAGCAUCCCUCAAGCGAGACCAAUCCACCACCUCCGUCCCAAACUUCUCUGCUUACCGCAAGAAGAGUGCCAAUAUCGACUCGUCCCGGGCAUUCAGCUACUUCAUGACCGGUACCUAUGGCGCUCUCUUUGCCAUUGCCGCACAAGCCACCGUCACAGACUGGCUUGUCAAUAUGUCUGCGAGUGCCGAUGUGCUUGCCAUGGCAAAAGUCGAGGUUGACAUUUCUGCCAUUCCGGAAGGGAAGAAUGUUAUUGUCAAGUGGCGUGGUAAGCCAGUCUUUAUCCGUCAUCGGACAGAGUCUGAAAUCAAUGAAGCCAAUGAAGUCGAUAUGAAGGCACUACGGGACCCUCAAAAGGAUGCUGAUCGUGUCACAAAACCCGACUGGCUUGUGAUGAUUGGCGUGUGUACGCACUUGGGUUGUGUACCGAUUGGUGAGGCUGGAGAUUUCGGUGGAUGGUUUUGUCCGUGCCAUGGAUCGCACUAUGAUAUCUCUGGUAGGAUCAGGAAGGGACCUGCUCCAUUGAACCUCGAGAUUCCGGCGUAUGACUUUUCAGAGGAUGGAAAGCUCGUUAUUGGAUAAGGCUAGAGUGCUCAACUUUCACUAGAACCAAACUAUUCUUCACUGCAAAUACUGCGCCAUUCAAUGAGUUCUGUAUCUUGA